GCCGGAACGGAUGUGGUGAAUGCGAAGAGUGGCAAGGGCAGCGCGACGCUGUCAAUGGCUUAUGCAGGCACUGGCCCAGCUGCUCAGCUAGAGACUGGCAUCGGUAUUCUGCCAGGCGCCCGCCUGGGCAAGUCCGUGCUUGCGGGCCUGCCCACAUCUCAGAUGGGCAAGAAACGAACAGAGUGCGCCUACGUGAAGUCUGACAUCACGGUGCACCUGCCAU